AUGAAACAGACAACUAUCUCCUCCGGCUUCUUCGGCCUCUCUGGCCUUGCCGUCCUACUUUCCACCCCGGCUCUGGCUUCCAGGGAUUCCACACCCAAUAUGCUGGAUGCUCGCCAGGACAAGCCUCCCUACCAAGACGUCGUUUGCAAGCCUGAGACCAACGGCCAGUUGCCCCCUUGCGUCCAGAUCGAGAAUAUCGAGGUUGCCUGCGCUCCCAAUGGCACUCAAUCGAUUUACUACGAGGCUCAUGCCCAAUGCAUGUGCGGCGGCUCCUUCUUCGCCGAGAAGCUCGCCUGCGAACGCUGUCUGAACGUCCACGGACUACGCAGCGAGAGAGACCUGGCCUAUUAUAGUGGAAUUCUGGCGUCGGCUUCCAACGCGCUCUGCACUGGCACACCCACUGCCGACUUCGCAAGCAUCUACUCGUCCAUCGCGAUAGCUGCUACGCCCGUGACCACCGGGGGCACCGCUACGAGUGAUCGUGCUGUCAGCAACACGGCCAUCUCGCUUUACUACACUGCCAGUGGUCCUCAGGGUCCCGGAAGCAUCACCGGAGCAGCUGCCAGCGCGACCAACACGGGUGGCAGUACCACAGCGGCUGCUACUACUACGGCCACUCGUUCCACUUCGAGUGACGACGAUAGCUCCACGACCGCGGCGACUGUCGGUUCCGGCACGGCUUCUGGAAGCGCGGCUACUACUUCCAGCUCUGGAAGCGGUGCUAUGCCUACCCUCGCUGCUGGUGGUCUCGUUGCUGGCGCCGCUGGCAUUGCUGGCUUGGCCGUCUUUGCAGGCCUGUAA